AUGUUACGUUCAAAACUAUCUCGCCUCGGGUCUAUAUUUUAUCGAGAGAGCUUUUUACACAAGCUUUACUCACAAACUGUGUUAAAAGUCACAGACCCAGCCGUUCAAACUUACCUAAAACAUUUAAUGAUUGAAUACGAUACUCUUCAUACAAAACAGCGAAAAUCGUUUGAAGAAACUAGGCGCUUACACGAGAUCAAACCUAUAGUCAGUGUAUUAGAACAACGGAUAGCACUUUACGAUAGCAUAGAAUCACUAAAGGAACUGAACAAAAAGGACGACAACGACGAGGAAAUAAAGAAGAUGAUAAAGGAAGAAGCACAGAUAUACCUUGCACGGCUCACCGAAGUCGACGAUGAUUUAAAAUCAAUUCUCUUAGAGCCCUGUUUGACCAAUGGUGGAGUUGUAUUAGAAGUGACAGCUGGUGCGGGAGGCCAAGAAGCUAUGUUAUUUGCUAAGGAGUUAUUUGAAAUGUACAAAGCUUACGCAGAUUAUAAAGACUGGGAAGUUGAUAUUGCAUCUUUUGAAGAGUCUGACAUAGGUGGUGUCAGGAAAGCAUCAAUGUUAGUUAAAGGAUUGGGUGCUUCAGAGUUAAUGAAGAUGGAAGCUGGAGUCCAUAGAGUGCAAAGGAUACCAGUUACAGAGAAGGGUGGACGUAUUCAUACUAGUACAGUGUCUGUGGCUGUUCUGCCGCAGGCAACAGAGGUAGAGUUGAAUAUUCCAGAAAGGGAUAUAAUUAUAGAAACAAAGAGGGCUAGUGGUGCUGGUGGCCAGCAUGUUAACACCACAGAUAGUGCCGUUCGGCUUACUCACACACCCACAGGUACAGUUGUAGAAUGUCAAGAAGGAAGAUCACAGAUUAAAAAUAGAGAAAUUGCAAUGGAAAAACUAAGAGCAUUACUACUUCAGAAGCAAAUUGAAGAGCAGUCUUCGAAAAUCAAUAAUGAGAGAAAAUCACAGAUUGGCUCAAGCAAUCGCAAUGAGAAAAUUAGGACAUACAAUUACCCUCAGGAUAGAGUGACUGAGCAUAGAGAGGGUGGCAUCAAUGUACCAAGUCUGAAGGUAUUCAUGGAUGGAGGAGAACAGCUUGAGAAGCUUCAAGAGUCUUUGUUGAAACAGCAUAGAUAUCAAAUACUCAUGGCCGAGGUGAAUGAUUUUAUUAGUAAAAAUAAAGUACAAAAUUAA